CCAAGGAGGGCGAUAGCCAUCCCACCCAGCAUAAGGCGUGCCUAGCAGCGAUACUUUGCAUUCAUCCCUUGACGUCUUCCUCGUCUCCGUCUAUUUUGCGCUCCUCUUUCUUCUUAUACCAGAUCCUCUUUCAACUUCUGCGCUACCUACUCCCAAGGCUCUCAGCACCCCCUCUCUUCCCGCCCCUUCACGCGCCGCUUCUCCGAGGAUCACUGAUCCAGCACAAAAUCCUCGCUUGGGCCCCUUCUGCUCCCCUAUCCUCCGCGUUUCAGAUUCAACCAGAGCCGGUCUCACCUACCCGAAACUACAUUGCCAGUAUUCAAAUUCAAGAUUAGGACUCGACCAAGGUAAUAUUCCAUCCUCCCGUUUCCUCUUGUCUGCUUUACUACCCCACUACUACCUCUUCAAUCAGCUGCACAUCUUUCUUCGCACGCAGCAUGGGCAACUCUUCUUCUCGUUCCUCCAGCUCUGGUCCUACCAUUGUGGCAGAGGCCAUCGAGCCCCUCCCACGCUAUUCGGACCUCUGCUGCAUUCUCGGAGGGGUGAAUAGGAGAGAGCAUACUCUGCUCAAGGUAGCACUGGGAUUCGGAGGUGUGACAGGCAAGCUGUCGGUAAAGGACGUCAGGCGGCAAGGAGCAGUCGUGCUCAAGAGUGAGAGCAAGUCGAAUCGCAAACGUACAAUAACAUACAUCAAUACUCCACAGGGUCAUCAGCUCCUUCGUGUAGAAGGCACCCACGAGUGCGUUGGCUUCCGCAAAGGCUGUUUCAUGACACCACGCGGCAUCGCCGGACCAGACGGAGAGUACAUUGUUCCUGCAGCCAAUAGCGGCGCUGGCCCCAGACAUAGCGACGCAGCAACCAGUACCGCAUCGUCUACCUCCCACUCGAGUGGUAUGGAUACCUCAUACAAUCCUCAAUCAGAUCUGGCCUUCACAGCACGGGCUCUGGACUGUACCUUUUUCGAGUGGGGUGUGGAGCUGCGGUCCAAUCUGAGCCAGGAUGGUCAGAACAAUGCCGGGCCCGCCUCCAUCUGGGUCCAAGAGAAUGUCGGCAUGGGCACAGUCGACUUCACAUGGGAGGGUAGGAUAGUGGCUAGGAUCGGUGCUAACCCCGGCGGCAGCAUCGUUUGGAACGGAGAGAAGUUUGACGUCGCAAAAAAUUCCGUUGCAAUGGUGAUAGCCCCAGGCAUGGACUGGGUUCUGAUCAGCACAAUGUGCAUCCUCCUCCUCUGUCGGCAGUCCGAGCACGAUGCCGGCCUCUCCACACGCGCUGGUGAUCUCUCCCUUCUCUCCUCUCUCCUCGACGCCCGUAGCGACCUCAAUUCUUCGAGCAAGAGCUCCAACAGUAUAGGCGGAAAGAGCGGCGGCAGCCGGGGAGAGUCCCACAGGUCCAGGGCAAGUGGACCUGGCCCUGUGUCGAGUGGAAUGGUCGCGAGCCGCAGUGGUAGUGGCAGCAUUGCCUCUGCGCCGAGGAAGGUUCAUGCGCAGAGGAUCAUCGAAGAAGACGACUACUGAGGCGCUCAGAAGGAAGGGGAGGAACAGAAGGCAGGCCCGGUUGUCCCGCCCGCCUUGUCCGUCAGUAGCCCAGUUGCAGCGUGGCCCGCAGCGCGCUGCGGCUUCUGUACCAUCUAUUGUGCUCGUGUUUCGUCACUGUAAUAGCUACCUAGUCAU